AUGCCGGGCGCCGCCGAGCGCAGCUCGGAGCUGUCGGAGCAGAUCGAGGCCUUCGUGGCGCGGCUGCGGGGCGGCGGGGAGCGGCCGCGCUCCGAGGACACGGCCCGGCAGACGCUGUCGCUGCUGCGGAAGAUCAUCGGGCACGGGCGAUGGAGCCGGGCCGGGGAGCUGAUGGAUCUGAUCCGGACGGAGGGCCGGAGGAUGACGGCGGCCCAGCCCUCCGAGACCACGGUGGGCAACAUGGUGCGGCGGGUGCUGAAGGUCAUCCGGGAAGAGUACGGCAGGCUUCACGGGCGCAGUGAGGAGAGCGACCAGCAAGAAUCCCUGCACAAACUCCUGACUUCCGGAGGACUGAGCGAGGAUUUCAGCACCCCUUAUCCUCCCCUCAGAUCUAACGUUAUUGAAGCUAUUAACGAGCUGCUAAUAGAGCUAGAGGGCACCACUGAUAACAUUGCCAUGCAGGCGCUGGAGCACAUCCACUCCAAUGAGGUGAUCAUGACCAUUGGCUACUCGCGCACCGUUGAGGCCUUCCUGAAGGAAGCUGCCCGCAAGCGGAAGUUCCAGGUCAUCGUGGCCGAGUGUGCGCCCUUCUGCCAGGGUCACGAAAUGGCUGUCCGACUAUCUAAAGAGAACAUUGAAACUACCGUCAUGAGCGAUGCAGCUAUUUUUGCUGUCAUGUCUCGAGUCAACAAGGUCAUCAUUGGUACAAAGACAAUCCUGGCCAAUGGUGCCCUGAUUGCUGUGAGUGGGACUCACACUCUGGCGCUGGCAGCGAAACACCACUCCACUCCGCUCAUCGUCUGUGCCCCCAUGUUCAAGCUUUCACCCCAGUUCCCUAAUGAAGAAGAUUCAUUCCACAAGUUUGUGUCACCACAGGAAGUGCUGCCGUUCACAGAAGGGGAGAUCCUGGCAAAGAUCAAUGUUCACUGCCCAGUGUUUGACUACGUCCCUCCAGAGCUCAUCACUCUCUUCAUUUCUAACAUUGGGGGUAACGCACCGUCCUACAUCUACCGCCUCAUGAGUGAGCUCUACCACCCAGAUGACUAUGAACUCUAACGCCAUGAAGCAUGUCACUCUUCAGGCUCUUUCUGCCUUUCUCUUCAGAAAGAUACAGCAGCUAAUUAAAGUGUACUUCGUAAAGAUGGGUUGCUGUGGGGAAUCGGUGGGGAAUUUGCUCAGCAAUGUCCUUCCUACCCAAAAGCAACAGAAGGCAGAGCUCUUGUACAGGUAUUGAUCCCUGUGCUGUCUCAGAAGCACAUGGAGCUGCUGACCCGCUUUGAUUUUGAAACAGCAAAGCAGACGUGUAACCCUCUGGGGCAGCUGAGCUGUUACUUCAAAGUAUGCUGCAAUAAAGGCUGUUUACAGUGAUCUCGCUGUUAA